GGCAAAGAGGGAGGCAUGUUUCAACAGAUGGCUCUUGGUGCCCCAGUUUGGUCAGCGUUAUUGCUCUACCACACUUAAACCUGUCCUGUCUGGGAGAAAGCAAGAUAACAAGAGAGAGAAAAUAGACAGAGAAGGAGGGAGUGCAGUUUUGCUUGGUAAACUGAAACUGCUUAGACAAGAACUUCUGCUUUUUAGUUUCCUGUGUAUCAAAACUUUGUUUUUCUCCUCCCUGUCUCCCAUUCACUGUGUUUAUGACAGGCGACUUUUACAGAGUUUUGUUCAGAUUUAAGUGGGAGUGCACCAAAGGAGAUAGACAGUGGGAGGGAGAAAGAGAGAGAGAGAGAGAGAGAGAGAGAGAGAGAGAGAGAGAGAGAGAGAGAGAGAAAGGGGAUACAGAAGAAAAGUGGUGGUGUGACUGUUCAGUGUUGCUUCCUCAGCUUUGGGGGUUCCUCUGCAAGAUAUAAGGGACAAAAAGCACCACCUGCUCCCUCUCCAGCAGUUUCCAUUGGACCUGCAGUCUGAUGCGUGAGAUUUGCAAGCUUGCAUAAAGUGCCACACAGCUGCACACGGACUGCAGACCGACUGCUGCCCUUCUCAGGCACUUCGAGUUGUGGCAGCAGGUAGUCUGAGCAGGAGUCUAGACGUGCUACCAGGGAAUAGAGGUCAAAGGUGAUGACCAUGGCAUCCAGCCAGUUGGUGGUGCUCCUGGCUGUGGUGGCAGUGGCUCAUGCCUCAGUCUUACUCUCUGGCCAGAGACUGAAGCCUCGAUUCCAACGAGACCGGCGUAACAUCCGUCCCAACAUCAUCCUCAUUCUCACUGAUGACCAAGACAUUGAGCUGGGCUCCAUGCAGGUGAUGAAUAAAACACGGCGGAUCAUGGAGCAGGGUGGCACACACUUUUCCAAUGCUUUUGUGACGACGCCUAUGUGCUGUCCAUCGCGCUCGUCUCUUCUGACUGGCAAAUACGCACACAACCACAACACCUACACAAACAACGAGAACUGUUCAUCUCCCAGCUGGCAGGCCCAGCACGAGCCCCGCACUUUUGGAGUCUAUCUCAACAACACGGGCUACAGGACAGCAUUUUUUGGGAAAUAUCUAAACGAGUACAAUGGAAGUUACAUCCCCCCUGGUUGGAGAGAGUGGGUGGGGAUGGUGAAGAACUCCCGCUUCUACAACUACACCAUCUGUAGGAAUGGCGUACGUGAGAAACAUGGAUUCGACUACUCACAGGACUAUCUGACAGACUUGAUAACCAACGACAGCGUCAGUUACUUCCGCAUGUCCAAGAAAAUCUAUCCCCACAGGCCAGUGAUGAUGGUGAUUAGUCACGCUGCCCCCCACGGCCCAGAGGACGCCGCGCCUCAGUUUUCCACCGCCUUCCCCAACGCAUCCCAACAUAUUACUCCAAGUUAUAACUAUGCCCCAAACCCGGACAAGCACUGGAUCAUGCGCUAUACAGGUCCAAUGAAACCCAUCCACAUGGAGUUCACCAACAUGCUGCAGAGGAAGAGGCUGCAGACGCUGCUGUCUGUGGAUGACAGUGUAGAGAAGAUUUAUAAUAUGCUUGUGGAAACUGGCGAGUUGGACAACACAUAUAUUAUCUACACCUCUGAUCAUGGCUACCACAUUGGGCAGUUUGGGCUGGUCAAGGGCAAAUCCAUGCCUUAUGAGUUUGACAUACGAGUUCCUUUUUAUAUACGAGGCCCCAGUGUGGAGGGAGGAACCAUCAACCCUCACAUUGUGCUGAACAUCGAUCUGGCCCCCACUAUUAUGGACAUCGCGGGGCUUGAUAUUCCGGCAGACAUGGAUGGCAAGUCAAUCCUUAAACUGCUCGACACUGACAGACAUGUUAACAGGUUUCAGGUUAACAAGAAGGGGAAAGUGUGGAGGGACUCCUUCCUGGUGGAGAGAGGUAAACUACUUCAUAAAGCAGUGCAUGAUGGGAAGGAAGUAGCACAAGAAGAGAACUACCUUCCCAAGUACCAGCGAGUCAAAGACCUGUGUCAGCGUGCUGAGUACCAGACACCAUGUGAACAGAUUGGACAGAAGUGGCAGUGUGUGGAGGACUCCACGGGGAAGCUGAGGCUAUAUAAGUGCAAAGGCAUGGCCAGUCUUUCUGCAGCGAGGAAAGCAGUGUCCAGCGCAAAGCCCCAGUUUUACCAACGCGCUCUUAGCACCAUUGCUAAAGCCAAUACAGACCCUGAUGACUGUGACUGUGACUUCAGCAGCUACAGGCUUAGCACACUGAAAAAAAAGACCCUGAUGUCCAAAAAAAAAAUGAAGACAGUGAAAAGCUACUCCAGAAACCGCUACGCUCGCUCGCUGUCUGUGGAGAUAGAUGGAGAUCUCUAUGCAGUCGAUCUGGAUGACAAAUAUCAACCAGUCAACAGGAGGAACCUGAGCCACAGCCAUCAGGAGGAGGAGAUGUUCAGCGGAAUGGGUCCUGAGACACAAACCAGCAACAGCCUGGCAUUGCCUUCAUCUAUAAAAGUCACACACAGGUGCGCCAUUCUGGCCAACGAUACAGUAAAGUGCGACGUAGGACUGUACAAAUCCUUACAGGCAUGGAAAGAUCAUAAACUCCAUAUUGAUCACGAGAUCGAGACUUUACAGACUAAGAUUAAGAACCUGAGGGAGGUCAGAGGUCACCUGAAGAGGGUGAGGCCUGGGGACUGUGACUGCAGCAAAUACAUCUACAAAUCCAAGUAUAAGAGUAAGCUGAGAAAAUAUAAAUCUGACACCGUGCACCCAUUCAGGAAAGUGCAGGAGAAGGAUAAGAAGGCAUGGGUGAUGAUGGAGCAGAAGCGCAGAAAGAAGCUCAGGAAAAUGUUGAAGCGUCUACGUAACAAUGACACGUGCAGCAUGCCAGGCCUUACCUGCUUCACACAUGAUAACCAACACUGGCAGACUGCCCCCUUCUGGACCUUGGGACCUUUCUGCGCCUGCACCAGUGCCAACAAUAACACAUACUGGUGCAUGAGGACCAUCAAUGAGACGCAUAACUUCCUGUUCUGCGAGUUUGCUACAGGCUUCCUGGAAUACUUUGACAUUAACACAGAUCCAUACCAGUUGAUCAACGCAGUAAACACACUGGAUCGGCACGUUCUGAACCAAAUGCAUGUUCAGCUCAUGGAGCUACGAGGCUGCAAGGGACACAAACAGUGUAACCCUCGCAUACGCAACAUGGACCUGGAGGGCAGAUUUGGGAAGGAUGGGAAGGAUAAGAACCAGGUGAACAAAAGCCAAUUCCAUCCCUUAUACACACUCGAUGAGCACGCCUACGAUCUCGACCUGAACUUCACUUUGAGCCUGGAGGACUGGGCCCACUUCAGCCGCUCCGUGGACCACACGUAUACGUACCUUAGCAACCAUAACCGGCUUUGCACGCAUGACCUGACAGGAGGGGCUGGAGGAAGAGACUGUGCCCUCGUGUCCUCUGCCAGUGGAUCAGCUUCAGUUAUCUACCUUACCACUCUGGCCACUCCUGCUUUGUUGCUGAGGAAGGCAGGGACAGAUCUUUUAAAAGAGGCUUUGGGAUUGAGAACGAAGACACACCCCUCUUCCUCAGCCCCUCCUACUUCUUCUUCUUCCUCUUCUUCUUCUUCUUCUACUUCUCCUCUUAUGGAACAUUUGCUCUCCUCUGAACCACACAAGGACAGGAAUACGUCAGAGGAAAUAGCAAAUAAGCAUAUGUGGAGUGGACGAACUGAAGAGGAGAAGAAAGACGAGGAGGAGGAAGAAGAAGAAAAGGAGAUAGAGGAUAGUGAUGAUGAUGACGAGGGAGAGGUUUAUAUUAAGAAACGAACAGGUCGACGGAGAUCCAGCACCGCCCACUGUGACUGCAGCUAUAUCCAGGUCUCCGUCUGACUUUUGGAAUGACCUACUGUCAUUACUUGUUUCUCAGAGAUGACACUUAACCAUCAAAGGAAGCGUAGAGAAGUUUACCUCCAGCCUACAACCAACCUUUUUCUCUCCUACCUCUCCUAUCGUUCUCUCGUUCUGCCUCGUCUGUACACAUCAGUCUUCCGCCUCAGCCACAAUCUCCAGGCUCUGUUUCUUUUCUGUCUGGCUGGUCCUCCUUUAAAUCUGUCUAUCAUGCUACAUAACCAAUAUUUCAGAGAUCGGCUAGGCUUCGAAGAGAGCACAUUUCAUUGACCAUUUGUUAGGUGGUGUUGUGUGAAGUGAUGAGGAAGUUACAAGUGGAAGAAAGUUGAUGUAUAUGGGACUUUGUGGAGUUUUGUGUUGUGGAUACAUGUAUGCGUUUUAUUUUUGUACUUGCUGUUGGCUGUGUGUAUGUCUCCCCUGCACAGCUUCACACCAUGUGGCACAUUCGAUUGUGAACAUUCUCUUUCCAUAAUUGCCUCAAUGUCCAACAACCCUUUAUCGAAUAUCAUGGCUGACUUCGUGGCCACACUAAUCAGAUGCUUGUUUUACCCUUAUGUUCUGUUCAUUUUGAGUGAAAACUACCAUUUUUCAACACAACUCUGUCCUUGCUAGUUGCAAAUCAUUUUUAUUACAGAGGUCAUAUUCAGGCCUGUUUCAUUUAUUUUACCAUAUGAAUAUAAUGCAAUAUCCUCCAAACCCUCACAUCCGUGCAUACAUACUUAAAUAGUGUUUUGCUCCCAUAAAUACUGUUAACAAAUUGUGUUAAAGAUAUUUUGAAAUGAAUGUUUUUGGUAUGCCAGGAAAAAUUUGAGAUACAGGAAAUGAAGGAGGGGGGAUUGGGGGGAGGGGGGCAUAAUAAUAUCUAGAAUGUAAUUGUCUGUUAAUUCAACCCUUUUACCUACAGUAAACUGGAAUCAUCAACAUGGAGAUAUAUUUCAUAUGAUAUUGUAUCUCAAAGAAAACAGAACAUAUGGUGUGCGGCAGUGAUAAUUAUUGCUAAGAAACGAACAGAGCAUGAGGGUUAACACAUUAACAGCUGUAACAUCUGUACAAAAGAAUUAAGGAAAGCAUUCAGGUCCUUGUGCGCAGUUUACACACUUCAUUUAGCACUGCUCUCUUCAAACAGGCGAAAGAAAAACUGUUUGACAAGUGUCUAAUUUGGACAUUGUAGGGGAAGUGUAAAUUAAAGCACAUCAUGUAUUUUCACUCAAUUUGUUAUAUUUUUCACUCCGUUUUCUUUACCUUUAAGGAUGCUCUUAUUAUUAGGUUUGUCAAAUUAUUUGGGGCCUGUAUAUGAAAAAUGUGUCCAAGGUGGACAUUCAAUAUUUCAUUAAAUUCUUACUACUAGGGGUUAGAGUCACAACAGUCUCAGGCAUGUGGCUUGUCAGUCUAACUAACAAACAAACAAACAAACAAACAAAUAAAUAAAUAACAUCAAAACCACAGGAAAUGUUUCUGAUACUGGAGCAUACACAGUCCUCUGCAUAACCUUGGUGCAACAGAAUCUAUUUCAUAUGUUGGACUAUAUAAUAUUAAUUAGAUAAAAAAUGAAAUUUCAUAUUAUUUACUGACACAAAUGUUUUUUUUUUAUUAUAUAUAUAUAUUUUUUUUUAAGACAUGACGAUAAAGGUUUGAUGUGAUUAUCAAGUGUGAAUUUCCUUUUAACCGAAAUCUUCUUAGGUAUUUGUGUUAGACAUGGUGCUACUACAGUCUGAGCAACUAUAUUAAAAUGGCAGUAUGUAUUUGAAUGUACGUUUGCAAAUGAAUAUGCUGUAAAUGUUAAAGUAUAUUUUAUAUGACACGCAACAGGUCAUUAGUCAUAUUUUCAUUUUGACUUUGGAUUAUGUUCAUAUUUUUUUGAUCAGCACAUCUGCGCAAACAAUUGACUUUCUGUUCAGUCUCAGGUCAUUUGUUGAAGCGCUUAAGAACAUGACUGCUCCUGCAGAAAGAUUGUAUAAUAGCAGGAUUGUAGGUGUUGUUUUUAAUAUGGCUAAUGUUUGUAUGGCUGUGUUUCCAACCAAGCAGGUGUAGAAAUGUCAGAUCAAAGUAUCAAACCAAUUAAUCAGAUUUCAUUCAGUCUGCUAAUAAACAAUGUAAACAGCAAAAGAAUGCAGUAAAAAAGUGCAAUAUACAUUCACCAAUCAUUCUGGACAAUUCGGGCCAUAUAUUCACACAUUUUCCAAUCAUACAAUUAUGUGAAUGCUACAUUAACUCAAAUAACCAUUUUUUACAGCUGUGGUUAGCAGAAAAGCACCAGCAUUUAAUGCAGUCUAAUGGGUGUCUCUACUCACCAUGGAUGUAAAAAGUGAUUAUUUGAGUAACUUCUUGUCAUUCUGUGAAACUCUAUUUUAUAUAAAGAUCAUCAGAUUAAAAUACUAAGAUUACGAGGAUACACAAUAACACAUAUGUAAGCCUGUCACAGAUGGAUAGCAUUUUUUUCAGCAUUAGUACGUAUGAAGCAAAAAAAUUAAUGGAAUCAAAUGAAGUAAAGUAAAAUAAAUUAGAGGAAAAAGCACCCUAAAGCUGCUUGGUAUAUGUCUGGGCCCCCAUGAGCAACAGAGAAAACUUCCAUACACCUUGCCAUACUUUUCCAGACAAAACAUACACUAUUCUUCUAAAACGCAAUUCCCUAGUUGGAUGAGCACUCUAUCUAACAUAUAGUUUGAGAUGUGAUGACACUGAAAGUCAUAGAGUAUGAUUUAAAUCAUUUCAUUACUCAUUAAACACAGUGGACCCCCUCCAUCAUUCCCAGUGAACCACUUCCAUUAGGAUAGAUAUGUCUCAUUGUAUUGAUUUGCACUCACUCGUCCAACUAAGGGCACAAUUAAAUCAAACCCAUGGCAGCAAAAUGUCUCCCACAGCAUUGGUCACUCAUCAUCUUUAUGUCAAUUGUCUGAACAGAACCACAUCUGAAUGUAUUUUAUUUCAUUCCUUACUUGGCUGGAAACAUGGCUAAUAUUUAUGAAAGUAUUGCAAAGUCUGAAUCUAAACCUGACUUUAGGAUCAACUAGCUUGUUAAACUUUGCUCAUGCUUUGAUGCCUUCUUCUCUCUUUCUAGAAUUUUAUUUUAAUCAUUUUUUGAUCAGCCAAGGUGUUAAACCCCAAGCCUUUUUUUGCACCGGGUUUUGUGUUGUUACAUCAGAAAAAUAAAGAAAGCUCCUAGUUGUUCUAUGGACUUCCCGCAGCACUUUUUCGAGGGACUACUUUAGUGGCGAGACGAUUUCAUAUGACAGACAGUUUGAACAUAACAAUGCCUUGUACAGUUCUAUAGAUUAAUCAUAUCUUUAUUUUUGUUUUCAGUUAAUGUGUGGACAUUUAAUAGCGCUUGUUUGUUGUGAAUAAAAAAGUGUUGAAUGCCCA